GCUUUUGGGUUAGAAUUGUGGAUCCCGACUUUAUAUGCAAGCGGUUAAUUUUACCCGAUACUCUAUCCACUGUUAAACAUUUGAGAUUCUGAUGAUAUGUGCCAUUUGCGAAGCAGGUAGAUGAAACCUGAUGGAGAUGAUGAGGAGCAGAAUGGGUUUCUGUAAAGAUGGACAGAACAAGAAACGGCCCAGAUUCUGCCCCGUGGCAGCUCAGGAUUAUUCUGAUCCGUUCGAUCUGUGCAAUCUGCAGGAGGGAUUAUUAAAUCUUGAGAAAUUUGGAAGUGUUGCUAAAGACAUUGAGGAACUCAUCGCAAGAAGGAGACUGUUUCUUGAAAAAUACUGUCUUUCUGCUGCUUCAAAAGCCUACCAGAAACCUCAUGUUGUCAUUCUUGAUUCUGAUUCUGAUUCUCAUUCUGAUGGCGGUGAUGAUGAUGCAAAUGAGAAAUCUGAUCAGGGUCUUUAUGCUGCUGCAAACCAGAAACCUUAAACUGUCAUUCUUGGUUCUGAUUCUCAUUCUGUUGAUCGAUGAUGAUGCAAAUGAGCAAUCCAUUAAUGGACCUUAUGAUGAAUUUUGAUGAUGAUGAUGAUGAUGAUGAUGUGGGUGAUGUAUGGAAGGAAAUGGCAUUUGUUAUGGCAUACUCCAAGGACACAUCAGCUGAUCAAUAUUCCUCAGAAGAGAAUGGAAUAAUAAAGCUAGGGUAAUGGA